AUGGUGGCACUUAUGGAUAAAAUCGCACAGCUUUUCCGCAACAAACAAUAUAGCGAUCUUAUUCAACUCAUAGACAAGCAGCUACACGCGAAGAAUGAGCCAGAAGCACUAAUCUUUCUUUACGCUAUACAAGGCGAGAUAUCCUUUAAACAGAAGGAUUGGAUUCAAGCAUUUGCAGCUUAUGAGAAGGCUGUCGCCGAAUCUAAACAGAAGGGGCUCCCGACACAAGUCUACGCCCAAAUAGUUCAGAGGCAGAUGAUUAUCCUUUUAAGAUUGCAGAUGUUAGACACAGCGUUCGGAUUGUUUAGUGAAAAUCAGAGUGUAUCUGUUGAUAACGUACAAGUAUUAGCACAGUUAGCCUUGUUGUAUCUGAUGUGUGAGCGAUAUUCAGAAGCAGAGAAAUUACUUUCUUCUAUAGUCGAGAGUUCUACCUCAAAUACCAUCACCCUUUCAAAGCAAUUCAAGGAGGACAUAGGCCCGUUCAAAGAGCUAUUUGGCGUUUUGGACACAUAUGACACAUUUCUUGCGACCAUUUUGAACAACCUAGCCAUCUGUAAUAGCAAGCUUGGGAAUCACACGCUAGCGUUUGAUCAGUUUCAGCAGGCACUAGACAUAAUAAAAGACCCAGAGAAAAUAACCAGGCCACCAUUGUCACCGAUCACCGUGCUGUUCGACAACUGUGUCUCCACGGUAGAUGAAGAUAAAGAGAAAGCUCUAAAAGUAGAGCACCACAUGCUGACGAUUAACGAGUCUAAAGAGAACCAAGAAGAUGACACAGUCCUGAGCUUGCUUAGGGAUGGGUGCACGCUGAUUCCUUCAAGUACACUGGGCACCCACCUGCCACUCAUAAUCGAAUUACACUCUACCAUAUGCUAUAACAUUGGAAAAUUAGAAUUGACUCUAGGGAACCUUGACCGGUCAGUCAAUCACUUUAAGAAGUCCAUUGAAUAUCAGCCCAGCUUUGCUCGAUAUGUGGCACUUGGUCUUGUAUAUCGCGACAUGAGGAACUUCUAUGAUGCUGCAGAGAUGCUGACUAAAGCAGUAGACUCGUGCGUGGGAAUCAGCAACCUUUGUUUGGGAGAAGUGGUAUAUAAUUUAGGUAUAUUAGUUUCUGAAGAGCUAAAGAUGCCGUACAAGUCUCUACAGUUUUUCGAUGAAGCCACCGUUUUGUUUAUUAGGGGCGAGUUUAGUGCUGGCGCUAUUUUGUCAAGAAUAAUGAAGGCUAAUUCUUUGACAACUAUCACCACAGCUACCGCUGUAAGUAGUGACUGGGAGUUCAUAAUGGCAUUUCUAAAUACGUUAUAUUUAGACCUCUGUGCAUUUAGCAAAGAUCAGGGGUUUAAUGUAGAAGCCGCCUUCACUGGCACCAACGCUAUAUCCUUCAAUCUGCCAAUCACGGAGCCACAGGAAAAAGAGUCCCCUAAGAGUGACAAGAUAGCUAGCGAAAAGCCUCUAGUUGAAAGUAACCCUGGCAGAUCAAGAACACCCUCAUCAAUGAAUGACGUAUAUAUGCUGAGCGCUGAAAACUUGAGCUUCAGCCUGCUAGAGUCCUCAUUUGCUCAAAAAGAGACUAUCACAUCACGGCUAUUUCCAACCUUCCAAGCUGAAACAAAGAGAUACUUGGCAAUCUUGUAUACCAAUCUUGGGCUGAUCUACUACCGCAUUGGCAUUCCUACGUAUUACAAGCAAGCAAGGAGGUGUUUUGAGGUUGCCAUCUGGUUCGAUAACGACUGUGUUUUUGCCAUCAACUAUCUUAGCGUCCUGUUGCUGAAGGAGAACUCUAAAACCUUGGCCAUUGAAGGUCUGCUUAAAUGCACAAGGUUGUUUCCAGAAUAUUACGAGCCAUUUUAUAACCUUGGCAACAUACUGAAGGCAGACGAGGAGAACAAGAAGGCGCUUCAAUAUUACAGCAGGGCUAUUGAGCUGAACCCCCGUUUUCUUGACGGAUAUCUUGCCAGAGGGGUGCUCUAUGCUGAACUACACCGCUUUGAAACGGCCUAUUUAGACUUCAGUAAGUGUAUCGAGCUCGAUCCUGACAACAGGCAUGCAUUUUGUAACUACAUCCAUAUGAAGCAAAUACUGGGCAUUUUCCAUAACGAUACCUUAGAUAUGCGAAAGAUCUCAAAAAUCAUAGACGAUUAUAUCCACGAAUAUCUGACUGUCCAGAAUGCGAUCAAUAAAGGGGUGGUUCUUCCAAGCCACCCUCUCCCUCCAAUAAUGCCCUACCACUGUUAUCUUUACCGGCUGUCGUCGUCUCAACUGAGAUUUAUUUGUCAGCGAUACUCUGAGCAGAAUGUUAAUUGGGUGAAGCAGAACAUAGAUAUGAUGUCUACCCCGCUCCUGGAUCUUUCUAUUCAUCAACGCCCAAUGCCGCCAAGUAUAGGUCUUAUCAACUCCGUAUCUUCUAGCUCUCAACUCCAACUCUCCAUGCUUCCGCUCAACCAAUCAGCCGCCGAUUCUAUGGUGCCUCUUGCUAUGCUUACACCUGGGCCUACUCUCUGCACAGCCAUAGGAUUCCAAAGCAUUAAAUCCGUCAUUAGAGAUUCGCAGCACAUAACACACGGACCAAUUUUUUCAUAUGAUAGGGCCCUGAUUACCCUAGCACGAUCCAAGCAUUCUUCCAAGUGCCCUAUUUCAUACAUUGAUAUUGUCAAUCUUAAGUCACCUCUGAGGCUCGGAGUGUUAUGUGACGACAUAAACUCCAUCCCGAUUGGCUGCAUCCUUGAGUCGUGGCUACGCAAUAUCGAUCCCAAAGUAGCAUCCCUAUCCAUUUAUAGCACAGUUGCCUCCGACAAAUCCGCCCUCCGCACUUCUCUUGAAGCUCACUGUAGCAAUUUCAUAGACUUUACUAACUAUAAGUACCAGAACAACCCCUUUUUGUGUGCUCAGAGAAUAAACGGAGAUGGGAUUUGUAUCAUGAUAUCUAUGUGUCAGCAUAAUUGUGGUCUGGAAGGAAGGAUCCUGGCAAUGCGGCCGGCGCCGAUCCAGAUAAGCUAUUGGACGCACGGCGGAACCACUAAUAGCAACUAUCUCGACUAUAUUCUUGCGGAUCAAUACUGCAUACCACCAGGCUAUGCGCACUUGUAUUCCGAGCAUGUCAUCACAAUGCCGGGGUGCUUCAUUUGCCCCAGCCAUAGUAUGCAUUAUAGCAAUGCGAUUCUCCUGGAGGAGCACGCGGACAUCCUCAAGGUCACUGUGGAGGAGGUCAGAAGUCUCAUUCAGGACAGCAAGCCCGAUAUAGAUGUGAACCAUCACAGCGCUGCUGGAGAGAAUAUUCUGAGCCUGGACGGAAGCGAUGCAACGUCGUCGUCUGUUGAUAGUGGAAUAGGGAGCCGCACACAUUCGGAAGCACCGAUUGGAGGCGGCGACAAGGACGAGGGAGCCCACAGCUCAAAGAUAUUAGAGCUGGAGCUGGAGCUGGCAGAAAUAGCGAAGAUGAAGGGGGAGACUAAGAAUGGGGUGUCGACAAACUCGGCUAGCGAGGGGAGGGACGAGCUUUUGAUGAACGAUAGAAUCCUCAUCACCGGUGACAAUGUGUUUUUCCAGGUCCAGCCGAUCCGAAACGGACGGUUGGUUGGCGGCAGAGAUAGAUCCAUGAUCAAGAAGAUGGAGCCGCUGUUGAAGGCCAUUUAUCCGCUGCAAAGAAUCGCUUCGGAAGCGGCAGUUCCAGCUAGCAUGGAGAAGAGUGAAAAUAAUUCUGAUCUCACCAGUCACCGCGUGUGUCUGGAGCUGCCUCUAUAUCGCAAGAACAUCCGCGCGCUCUACGGGAUACCGGCUAACUGCUUUUUGUUCUGCACGUUCAAUCAAGUGUACAAGUUCGACAUGGGGACGCUGGGAAUCAUCGCCGCUCUGCUGCGCAGUGUGCCCAAUGCAUACUAUGCGCUCCUCAAGUUUCCCCCUGCGUCUCAGCUGCACAUCGAGGCCUUCUUUAGGCACAAGGCGCCGGACAUCUUGGAUAGGGUCAUCUUUCUAAGCAUGCUUCCGAUGAAGGUGGAGCACAUACGGCGCUACCUGGCCGUUGAUGUGUUCGUGGACACCUUGAAGUGCAACGGAAGCACCAUCGUGCUCGACGCGCUGUGGUCAGGUGUUCCUGUCGUCGGAUUUGUAGGGGAAUACAUUCUUAGCCGGAAGACCCUUUCGUUUCUGAGCGUCCUGGAAUGCAAAGACCUGAUUUGCGCGUCCCAAGGGGAGGCCGUACUAUUGUGCACCCGCUUGGCGGUAGACAGCGGCUACUAUUUUAGCGUACGGAAGCGGAUCCUAAAGAAUAGAUCGAAUCUCUUCAACAUUUCGCGGUGGUGUGACAACUUCGUGUUGACCAUGAUGCUUGCCUACAAAAACUGGAUCUUCGGCGGCAAGCCGACCAGCUUUUCGACAGAGAGGGUCAUUGCAAACGUGAAGAGCCAGGGCUUCUCGUGGCCCUUAAAGAGUACGGGGGCACAGUAG